UAAGAAUGUCACUGCCAAAGUAGAAUGCUCAGCGAGCAUAACCUGGUCUUCGGGUAGUUCUGGUUCUAUUUGUUCUGUAAAAGAAGAGCCCACAAAAUACGUGAACGUGUGCCUUUCAUAUGAUAAGCCUAAACCAAAGCCCAGCUUGUCGCUGGAAUCCAGAUUUUCUUUCGAUUUCGAUAUAGAUAUCGGCGGCGAGGCUGCCACUUCCACACCCAUCACGAAACAGAAAAAUAAAGCAGCACGGAAAGAAAUACCGCCAGAAGAGAAAAGCAGCAGCGGGAUAUGGAGCGACACUUCGAUACUAGCCGAGCCUCUCGACAAUCCAAUAGUCACCCUGGAGUCCGAAGACGUUUGCAAUUUUUGCCGAAAAAAUGGCGAGCCCGAGCACGUCUAUCAAUCCCACAUAACAAAAAAGUCUGAUGGCACCGUCAUGUGCCCCAUUUUGAAGAAGUACGUAUGCGAACUAUGUGGUGCUACUGGCCCGAACGCUCAUACUAGAAAGUAUUGCGUUCUGUAUAAGAGGAAGUUCCAGCCUAAAAUGUCAAUGAGGAGGCUGUCUAAUGGGGUCGCCGUUUCUUGCUUCAACCAUAAAUAAUAGUUAUAACUUUUUAUUUUUGUAACUGUUUUUUUUCUUCGAAUUAUUUAUUU